AAUACAGAUUGCGAACACAACUUGUCGCAACUCAACAGCCUAGUUAUGUGAAUAAGGACACGUCGAACCGUACAUACAGGCAUCUCUCCGAAAUGUAUUAAUCGGCCGCGCCCGCGUUUCCCUUCGAGGAGCAAUAUCCUACCAAACUAAGGCGGACAUUGAACUCCUUCCAUGGAUCGAACAACCUGGCUCGCCUUGAUGAGAGUGAGGCCCUGAGUUAUCCGAGUCUUCACAGUACCCCGCAACUCCGCAGCUAGUUCAUUAUGGCUUCGCGAGACCAGCCCGCAUCGUUGCCAAGCGUGGCAGAUACGUAUGAAGUUGAACACUUCAGCCAUAGGGCGUCAGAGGAACAUCUCGAGCGCUCCGUGCCUGAAGAAUCAAGCCCGAAAGUUUCUGGUUUCAGAGCUAGUACAGGACUACAGAAUGUGGCUCGUCGAACACUAGGCAUUAUCCUACUUCUGAUAACCGUUAUAUUGUGGACCGUCUCAAAUUUCCUCGCGAGCUAUAUCUUCGCGGAUAACACAUAUUCGAAACCAUACUUCGUGACAUACUUUAACACGGCGUUUUUUGCCAUUUCGUUAAUCCCGAUCCUAUCGAGAGUCGCCCAUCAACAGGGAUUCCGUGAAAUAAAAACGUCGUCGGUCUCAUUCUUCCGUCACUUUCGCAGAGGCCAAUACUGCCAUGAACAACAUAUAGACGAAGAUGGUGGGCAGCUGGAUCUUGACGGGCACUCUGCAGCGCCAUUAUUGCAAGGCGAUGCUUUGGGAACUUCCAGCACUGGCGGAUCGGUUCUAGAUGCAGGAGAGACGCAGAAUGCCGUCCUCACCUUAAGUGAGACCGCUGUGCUAAGCUUGGAAUUUUGCUUUCUCUGGUUUCUCGCGAACUAUUUCGUUGCGGCUUGCCUUGAAUAUACGAGCGUUGCAAGCUCAACUAUUCUCACAUCCACAAGCAGCAUAUGGACGCUUAUCUUCGGCGCGCUCCUCAAGGUUGAAAAGUUCACCAUCAACAAACUUGUUGGUGUGCUCGCGUGUCUAACUGGUAUCAUAAUGAUAUCCAUGGUAGACUUGUCUGGGAGCAAUGAUGGCAACCGUGGCAAGUUUCCACACAAGUCCCAGAGAGAGAUCGCUAUAGGAGACAUCCUUGCUUUCAGCUCAGCUGUGUUGUACGGAGCGUACUCUGUGGUUAUGAAGAAACGAGUCCAGAACGAGGACCGUGUGAAUAUGCCGCUCUUCUUUGGGCUGGUUGGCUUAUUCAACGUAAUUUUACUCUGGCCAGGAUUUGUUAUCCUGCAUUUUACUGGGGUUGAGACGUUCGAACUUCCCCCGACAGGCAAGAUUUGGACAAUUAUUGUGUUAAAUACAGUGUCGUCUUUUGUUAGCGACUACUCGUGGGCCUAUGCGAUGCUCCUUACAACUCCACUGGUGGUCACCGUCGGACUGUCGUUGACUAUCCCCCUAUCCUUGGUUGGGCAGAUGAUCAUUAGUUCGCAGUAUUCAAGCGGGUUAUAUUGGGUGGGAGCAUUCGUCAUGGUUCUUUCGUUCCUUUUCAUUAACCAUGAGAGCCAGGAAAAAGAUGAAGAGGACGCGACAGCAUAGCAGGAGAAAUACCCCAGAUAUUGAGAUUUAGAGCAUUUGAGAGUAUAUGAUAUGGCGCCAGGAGCUGGACCCGGCGGGGCGUCAACGGAAGUGGCCAAGCUUCCGAAUUGCAUUUGAUGGGAUGCUUUGUAGUUGCAGAAUUAUAGAGCAAUGAAGGUUUAUGGAAGCAAAGUAUGUACGUACAUUAGAGGCGUGACAUGGAGACCCAGCCACAUGCUAGUCAUGGUAUUCAAUAAGAGAUGUGGUUCUUAAAACCU